AUGUACAGCCUGUACAGAGCUUGGUUCGGCGAUACCGUUACAGCGGACAAUUAUUCGCGGCUUCAAGAAAGCUUGUCGCCACCCGACACGGUGGUGAGAGUCGGGAACGAGGGCGAGCACCAGUUUGUCGCCCACAAAGGUGUCUUGGCCGCUCACAGCGGUUAUCUGAAAGCUUUGCUCACGAACGCGACGACGACACCUAAUUCGGGCGUGAGCGCGAAUAUUAACUCGAAUGUAACCGGUAACAAUUUGUCGGGACAAUCAACGAGGCAGCCAGUCACAUCUGUCUCGGUUUCAUCUAUUGGUGGAGAAGCGUUCGCGCCAUUGCUCAACUACAUGUACACAGGCCGGUUGGAAGUGACGUUGGACAACGUGUACAGCGUCUUAUUGGCCACGCAUUUGUUGCAUAUGCCAGGGGCACUAGAACAAUGCAGAGCAGCGUUGCUCAGGCUGAGAGCACCUCCGCCAUUGCCAACGCCGAUCCCAGUUCCGGCUGGACCGACAUCCACGUUGACGUCCACGCCACCCACCGGCAAUAUACUUAGACCGAUACCAAGCAGAUUGAUGAUAGAUCCGACCAUAUGCUGGCCACCGACCGCUCCUCUAUACCCACCGAGUGCACCGCCAUCCGCCAGUAUCGGUAUACCGCAUUUGUCCCAACUACAACCGUCGGUCCUCAUGCAAUCCACCGUCCCGCUUGGCGUCUCCGCCGUUCCGUCCUCCAGUGUACAACAAACGCACACGACAGUUUAUAGGGACGUGCCAUCGCCAAAAUCAUCGUUGUUCCAAAUUGAACGAAAUCGCGGGUUAAGAGUGGAGUCGAGGCCAAAAUCGCCAGAGAAUGUGUCGUCGAGCACUCUCCCGUUCGUGGCCGCGGCAGCAGCCGCGUUCAACGCGUUCACUACGUCGAACGCAGCCACAUCCACAAGGACAUCAUCUCCCUGCCAAUCGAUCUCUCCCACACCAUCGUCCACUUCACGAUCAUCGGUGCCUCCAUGUCACAAGAAACCGAUCGACCAUCAACGAGAGAUGAAGGAAGAAGCCGACUACGAACAUCCCGCCACCAACUCGAGCAACAACCGAACGAACGAUGCCCGAUCCUCGCCCCCUCUAACGCCUGUGGACGACUCGACCGCGGCUCGUAACAACAGAAACACAGAGCCAGUGUCGUCAGAGAAUGACAGAGGAAGAUCAAGGCGAAGGGGGCGCGGCUCGACCGGAAACGAUAAUUCGUCGAACGUUUUAUCGGUAGUUUAUGACGUGGCGUGUUGCGACGGUCCAGUGAAGUUUCAUCGUGUAUUGAACGAGAAUUACUCAUCGUCCUCGUGUGGAUCUAGCGCGAUGCCACAAUCUCGUUUGCAGAGACCGUGUUUCGAGGAGAAUGACGGUUCCGGGGAGAACGGGGAGAACGACGAGAACGGUGGACCAGGGGGGGGAGGCCCAUGCGACGCGAUCGAGGCUGGGAUGGAUACGGGCAAUGGCGGAAGUUAUACUUGCGGAUACUGCAGGCACACGUUCAAGUCGCAGUAUUGUUACAGGAAGCACACAAAGAGGCAUUUGUUACCGACCAGAGUGAACGAGUCGAUCGGUAACAGGCAGAGACAGCAAGAUACCGGUACUAGGAACAGGAGAGAAGUAAGACUAUUGGACUUGAACGUGCAAUAUUAUCCUUGCAAGAUUUGCGGAUGCAAGUUCCCGAGUUAUUAUUUCGUGCACAAACAUAGGAAAUUGUGCCACGCGAACACAGAGGAGAGGGCGCAGUCGGACGAGGCCAAUAGUACGGUAACGGAGGAUCAGGAGUCGACUACUUCGACUACGAAUAACGAAAGACAGUGAGAGGAGGUUUGUGUAUGAUUUAGUUGAAAGAGAAGAAGAUAAAUUUAACGGACGAUUGAACAGAAUUAUUGUGCAGAAGUUAUUAAUAAUAAUGUGUUUAGUUAUAUUGAAUGAAAUGGAAAGAUGGAAAUGAAUAAAUGAAAAUGAACGAUAUUAAGAUGAUAACGUUUGUUUAAAAAAAUAAUUCUUUAGAUUCUUUGUGCUUUAUAGAAGUAAA